GAGGUUGCCUAGCCUGGGUAGCAACUUGGACUCGUAUCCUGCGUUGGUGGGUUUGACCUCGUGAGCGGUCGAAUUGGUGGCAAGAAGAAGUGCUUCAACAAUGGGACGACAAGAUGCGGAUGUCUAGCUUUCGCAUGAGGCGAGAGACACUUUUCAAUCUAGCAAACAUUUUGCGUUCAGAGCUUCAGUGCAGUGAGUCAAGGCUCAAAAGUCCCAUCUCAGUGGAGGAGAGGGUAGCACUGACCAUUUGGUGGCUUUCAAGCCCACUGCUAUAUCGGAAGGUGGCUUCUCGGUUGGAAUUGGUGCUUCUACAGCAGCAGAAAUUGCCAUAGAAGUCUGCCUGGCCAUGAAGAAGCUGUUAUUAAAGAAAACUGUCCAGCUUGGAAACUACCAUACGGAACAUAUUGCAGCUGGAAACAUUUUAAGAGGGCUCAAGAGAGACUUUGAAAGCAACCAUCUCUAAAUGGAGGAGGGUUAAAGUGACUGCCGUUAUUUAAUCCUUCGCUGUCCUCCCAUGUGACUUAAGAGGUAUUGAAAAACAGAUCCCCUCCUUGCUUUUCUGCCAGCCUUCAGCUUACAGCCUUCCUAGCAUCCUCCAGCGUCACCUUUUUACCGACAAUGGCAACAAAAAGGAACAUCAGCAAGUCUCUAACAGCAGGGCUUCAAGGGAGUGCUCGAGCAUUCACAAAUUGGGGCAGAAAUGUUGCCAGCUAACUAAGGAAUGUAACAACAGAAUUUCCACCCUUUGGCUCUUGGACUGGGACCUGAAUCAAGAAGGGGGCAGGUACCCUCUUGACUCCUACCUGAUGAGGUCAGCUGUUCAAAGGGACCUGAAGAUGCUGGGACCUGUUCUAAACAGUCACCUAGUCAAGUUUGUUUGUCUGCAUGAUGACUAUUGUGUGGCAACCUGAAUGCAGAAGUGUCAAGAAGGGGGUGCCCUUCUGUUUUUGGGCAUCACCAGCGGCAUGUACUCCCUCAUUCCUUUGAUGUAACAGUUCUACAGCUUUAAUUUCAAAUCUUUAAUUUAAGCCUGUAGGCUCUGAUCCCCCUUCUAGUCCUCACAUUUGAAAAGGCUAGUUAAAAGUGGAUCCAAGGGGAUCUUUGUGUCAUCUGUAAUUUACUUUUUCUUGGAGAAAAAUAGCAAUGCAUUUGCAGGGCUGAGAGGUCUAUUUUGAAUAAAUGUAGCCCUGGACCAAUAUCUUGACCUUGCAGAAGUUUCUGCUUAAACUACCACCAGUAAAUUGGUUACAUCCAGAUCACUGUUGCUGCAUUUUCCCUGCGGACCAUCGUGUUGAAAGCAAACAGAUAUGUGAUUGCUCCAGACUAUGACCACAGGACAUAUCAAUGGCGGUCUAGGAAGCCACCGAUACGUGAAAUGGAAUCGGGAAGACAGCGGAGAGGACUAUACAACGAGCGAGGUCUACGCAGAUGAUGGACAGGGCAGGCAGCGCCGGUUGACCCCCUUUGAGAAGCUCACUUUGGAUAUGUCCCGGGAUGAGAAGGUGGUAAAAGAAUUAACCCUAGGGAAGAGGAUUGGGUUUUACCGCAUCAGAGGGGAAAUAGGGAGUGGGAAUUUCUCACAGGUGAAACUUGGGAUUCAUUCUCUGACCAAAGAAAAAGUAGCUAUCAAGAUCUUGGAUAAAACAAAAUUAGACCAGAAGACACAACGGUUGCUCUCCCGGGAGAUUUCCAGCAUGGAGAAGUUGCACCAUCCCAACAUCAUCCGACUUUAUGAGGUCAUGGAGACGCUCUCAAAACUACACCUAGUGAUGGAAUAUGCCAGUGGAGGAGAACUGUUUGCUAAAAUCAGUAUGGAAGGAAAGCUGUCAGAAGCAGAGAGCAAGCACAUCUUCUCUCAGAUUUUGUCUGCUGUUAAACACAUGCACGACAGCAACAUAAUUCACCGGGAUCUGAAAGCUGAAAAUGUGUUUUAUACCAGUAACACCUGUGUGAAAGUGGGAGAUUUUGGAUUCAGCACGAUAAGUAAAAAAGAGGAAACCCUGAACACUUUCUGUGGUUCUCCUCCUUACGCCGCACCAGAACUUUUCAGAGAUGAAAGCUACGUUGGGGUUUACGUGGACAUCUGGGCUCUCGGGAUCCUUCUCUAUUUCAUGACAACUGGAAUGAUGCCCUUUCGAGCCGACACAGUGGCCAAAUUGAAGAAGUGCAUUCUUGAAGGGACGUUUGUAUUGCCACCGUUCCUUUCAGACCCUUGCCAGAAACUGAUUCAGGGAGUCCUUCAGCCAGUCCCAUCCGAACGCUACUCCAUUGAGUACAUCAUGAGCAGUGAAUGGAUGAAGGGAGUGCAAUAUCCAAAGCCCUUGGAACCAUUUAAACUGGAUCCAAAAUAUUUGUCAGAGAGUGGAACACUAAGGGAGGAAGAAGCUGAGGUGAAGAACAUCCUGAACAAUUUGGGAAUCAUGGAGGAGCACAUUCAGAAUAACCGUGGGAGAAAUUCUCACAGCUCAAUAACUGGGAUCUACAGAAUUAUUUUACACAGAGUUCAAAAGAAAUGGGCCAUGGAGGCUGUUCCUAUAAUCAGCCAACCACAAACCAGAGAAGAAGAGCCAAAGAAGGACCUGACUACCUAUCAGGGACUCAAACACUCAUCAAAACUCUGUCUGAUUUUAUAAACUAUGGCCUGUUACAAACGGGCCGUUUUGUGCAUGCAGAGCGCGCACUAGGGUUAGAAAGGGGUGGUGCUUCCGCACCCCCC